AGGCGUAACCUCCACUAAGAGCACCGUCAGCAAUGCCUCUAUUUCACUCUGCUGCACUAAAGGUGAGUGGCUGACUCUGGCUGAGCCCAGACACCAUGAGAAAAAGACUCUCUUACUCAGUAUAGAGCUGAUGUUGAUACUCUGAAAAUAAUGUAAAGCAACAUCAUUCACAGUGAAGUGAAAUGAAGCAGGAUUGGACGGUAAGUAGGCCUACAUGAGGACUGCUUGUGAUUAUAAACUACUAGCCAAUCCCUGCGCAGGGGGCGUGGCUUCUCGGAAUACGGGUGAGAUUAGGCAAAAGAAAGACCCACGGCGAAACGUGCCGGUGGAACAUUGAGUACUCUCGCGCCGGGAGGGCGGCGUCACAGCAGCAGCACGCGCAGCGCCGUUAAAGCGCUCGAGCUACAUGUUGCACUCGCCGCCGGUAAGACUCGCCGAAGUUACAUGCGGAUAUACGGAGAAACAGAUGAGAGGACCCGGGAAAACAAGAGAAAUACUGGGAACAAGGGCAUGUGUGAGUGCUGAGAUGGCCACGUUUGAGGAUGAGUCUUCGACUAGCCAGUCUCCUGUUGAUCUCUUUAACUCACAGGGUAUUGAUAUCACUCCAAAUAAAGACAGAGGAGUAUGUAAGAUUGUGAAGCGGCAUGGUAAAGAAGGGGAGAGGCCUAUGAUCGGGGACAAGGUGCAUGUCCACUACACUGGUAGACUGCUUAAUGGGAAGAAGUUUGACUCCAGCUUUGACCGAAAAGAGCCUUUUGUUUUAAAUGUAGGCAAAGGCCAGGUGAUCAAAGCAUUGGAUAUUGGUGUGUGUUCGAUGCAGAAAGGAGAGGUGUGUUUGCUGCUAUGUAAGCCUGAAUAUGCCUAUGGCAGUGCUGGAAGCCCCCCCAAAGUCCCUACAAACUCCACUCUACUGUUUGAGGUAGAGCUGCUGAACUUUAGAGGGGAGGAGCUUACAGAGGAUGGUGGAAUCUUGAGGAGAAUAAAGGUCAAAGGUGAAGGAUACAACAAUCCCAAUGAAGGGGCCACAGUUCAUGUCCACUUGGAAGGACGGUGUGGUGGUCGUUUGUUUGAGGCGCGGGACAUCACCUUUGUUGUGGGUGAAUCUGAGGACAUGGGUGUUCCUCUGGGAGUGGACCGUGCCAUGGAGAAAAUGCAGAAAGGGGAAUGCUGUCUGUUAUAUCUAAAACCCAAAUACGGCUAUGGCAAAGAAGGAAAACCAGAAUAUGACAUUGGACCAAAUGCAGAACUGCUGUAUGAGGUGACACUCAAAGAUUUUGAAAAGGCCAAAGAAUCCUGGGAAAUGGACUUGAACGAGAAACUGGAGAAGGCGGUUCUGGUCAAACAGAAAGGGACCCAGUACUUCAAGUCUGGGCGGUACUACCAUGCUGUCAUCCAGUACCAGCGAAUCGUGUCAUGGUUGGAGAUGGAGUGUGGAGUUGGUAAGGAGCAACAGCAGGCCAUCCAGGCUCUCCUGCUGGUGGCCCAUCUAAACCUGGCUCUGUGCUAUCUACGCCUGCGGGAAUACUCGCAAACUGUGGAGAACUGUAACAAGGUGGUGGAACUGGACUCUCAGAACGAGAAGGCUCUAUACCGGCGAGGAGAGGCUCGUCUGCUACGGAACGAGUUCACUCUGGCCCUGAUGGACUUCCGGCAGGUCCUGCAGGUGAACCCUUCCAAUCGUGCUGCCCGCUGUCGGAUCGCCGUCUGUCAGCGCAAAAUCCGUGAACACCACGAGCGCGAUAAGAAGAUUUACGCCAACAUGUUUCAGAGGUUCGCCGAACACGACGCCAAGGUUGGCCGAUUGAAAAGGAAGAAAGAAGAGAGCGGAUUGGUAGAUCAGAACAAUAAGGCUGUGAAGAAGUCUCGGACGAAGAGUCAGGACGGCUCCUAAAGGCCCAUGGCCCACCAGUGCCUGUUAAUGAGGUGAAGCUUGUGCACCUGGUGUGGAGGGCAGCGCGGAGGGAGUGGACAUUCAUACACCUUCACCACUAACCUCGUGAUUUGAGUGCUGUCACUCGGGACCCAAAGGAGACGAUCCGAAUACAAUUCUGAAUAAGAGAGAUGGACACCGAAGAGGCUAUAAGCCUAAACGGCAUUCCUACAGACAAACCAAAUGCAAAUGAUCCACAUGACCACUGGCAUCCAACACCCAACCUCCAUCACGUUACAUACUCCUCAACUCGGCAAAGGCAUUUAUCAGAUGUACAGUAUUAACAAAAUAAUUCAAUGAUGUCACAGAAAUAGAAUACAAUUUAGUACUGUAUUGUCUGCAUACAAUAAUAAUAUGAUAGGACUCAGUAGUGACUCAGAAGGAUUUCAGUGUAGUGGGGACGAUUUCGUCUGUGCGUUUGCAGUGUCAUGGUGUGUAUAGAUGGCUUAGAGGUAUUUUAGCACAUUAAGGUGUUUAGACGAGUGGUCACAAUGGGUAGCUGGACUCUAAAAUACUGUACUGCCCAACAAGCCGUUUUGUUUGAUAGUCUGCUGAACACAAUAAGCAAACUUCCCUAUGGGAACACGAGCUGAUGACUGUGGUCGACUGAUAGGCUGCGGCUCAGACUUUCCUACGCACUCCCCAGUGGAUGGAGAAAGUAUCCCAAGAGUUGGGCUGUGCUUGAAAUCUCCAUGUUGGGAAUCUCCUGGUGUGAGGUGUAACUCGCGGAAGGCCCAGGUCCAUGCAAAGCGAUGCGCACAUGUACACAAACACUUAUUUAAAGAGACUCUUGCAUGCUUCUUUAGUGGAUACUGGGUGUGUCCUAGACUUGGGAACAUAAUUUAAAGGAACAACAAUCUUAACCUUAAGCCUGUUAAGCAGGAUAUGUUCUUGACUCCAAUCCAGUGUCUGUUAUUUAGUUUUUUGUAUGUAUUUUGUUAUCUGAAUGUUUGAAGCAUUUCUGCUGGAGGUCAUUUGGCCAUGUCUUUGAAAACUCAAUAGUGUAUGAUAGCUAGGUUAUGAUAGUUCCUUCCAUCCAGGAUCAUUUUCCUGAAAUCUUUGUACUGAAGAAAACUUUGAACAGUAUACUGUACCAUAUACAGUUGUGUGCAAAAGUUUGAACACCCAGUUACAUAUUUUGUUGCUUUUCUAAUUUAACACAUCCUUUACAUGGAACAAACUUAAAUAUGGCAUUUUCCUGCAAAGGUUAGUGAACAUAUUCUGUUUAUUUGCUGACUGGUAUCUUGGAAAAAAUAACACAAAAUCUAAAAUGUGCCGCUACAUUUGUACAGGCAUUUUUUUAAAUUGAAUAUGUUGGAUUCAAUAAAUAAACAGUAAUUGUGCAUUAAAAUGUGAAGAAGUGUGUUCUUGGUAGAGGAUGUGUUAACUUAUUUUUUAUUUAGAAAAUCAACAAAUCAUGUAAUUUGACUAGGGACACCCAGACUUUUGCAUGCGACCAUAACAAGUGAUCGUAACAGCAUGAAGCUUUUGGGAAACACAAUUUUGGUCGGUUGAUCUUGAUUUCUAAAACACUUGCGUUAUGCUUAACACCUUAAUCUCUUCUGAUUUUAGACAGUAGAGAUUAUCAAAAUAGUCUUGUUUGAAAUAACAGACAUAUUUUACAUUGGUUUGUUAUCAAAUCUCUGUGUGUAUGCAUUAAAAGGCAGGCCUAUAUCUCAUAAAACUACAAAAAAGAAGAAAAUCUGAUGUCUAAUCAAUUUAUGUUCUUAGAUGCACUUUUAACCAAGUUUUAAUGUAGUGCAGAUGUGCACUUCCAGAUUACACAUCACAGUUAGAACCAAUGGAGAUUUUCUCAAGAAAACUGUUAUGGUUAUCUUUGGAAAUGAUCACUGCUGUGCAUGGCAAAGAAGAUGUAAAAGCAAGCAUGACAUUUGGUCAACAGAGGGUAGCAUCUACAUAAUUUAAAGGAAUACACAUAGGAACAAGAUCUGCCUUUGAAGACGUCUGCAUCUGACACUGCAGAUUUUGUUGAUGCUAUUUUAUUUUAUUACAUUCGAUUACGUAUUUUCCAUUUUUAAUGAAACAGUUUUCUGGGAGAUAUGUGUGCAAAGGUUUUAAUAUAAUCUGUAAAAUGCAUUACAAAAUAUUUCAUUUCAAAAACCAUAGUCCUGGAGGGCCAGAGCCCUGAGGAGUUUAGCAAUAUUACACUCAACACUCCAGAUUCAACUCAUCAGCUAAUCAUUAAGGCCUUUAUGAGAUGGAUUCCGUGUUAGAAGGAAAACUCUAAUGAGUGCAGGACUGUAGCCCUCAAGGAUCUGACCCCUGCCUUAGAGCAUGAGAAAAAUGGGAUGGGCCUCACUGAAUUAAGUCCCUUCUGAAAGACUUUAUUGUAGAAUGCACCAUUUUAGAGUGGACUUCUUUCAUCAGUUCCUCUGCAUUAUUUAAAGAAACAGAACAUUUAAAUUAAAUGUAGUACGACACAGUAGUAAAUCUAUAAUUUUACACAAGUCUGCAUUCUAUGUGAUGAAGGACAAGGCGGAUAUUUUAUCUCCUAUUUAUCCAAUCAGUGAGCUCACAGCUGAUCUCUUGCAUGAGCAAUCUUCCUUACUUAUCAUAGCAGCUAAGUUUAUUUUUAUAAUGGCAGUUGAAUUAUCUAUGUCGUGACAUGAUUUUUUUUGUCCUUGAUUGAUUCUACUGACCGCUACUAGACAUUGAUCUGAACUUUUGUGAGAAAUACAAGUGAAUACUUUUA